AUGCCUUCAAGCAAAGCUGCACUUCUCAACAAAAUUAAAUCUCUCAAGAGUUCAUCAUCAUCCUCAUCGGUCGCUUCAUCAUCGGAUGAGAGUAAAAAGAAAUCCUCAUCGCCCCAAGCUGAUGAUGGAGUGAAGAAAAACAAGACAUCCUCAUUGUCGGAACAGAAAAAACAGUCCGUAUUGCUUGCAACAGAAAAAACAAAGAAGGAACAAGAUAAGAAGAGAAAACAUAUUGAGGAAGAGAAUGAUGAUGAGGUUGAAUUGAUGGGAGCUGAUGAUAUUGAUUUAGAUGAAUAUGAAGAUGAUGAAUUUGAUGGGAAUGAUUUGAAUGGUGAUGAUGAAGAAGACAUCGAGGAAGAGGAUGAAUUCUUUACAUCAAAGAACAAGUCAAAAACAGCCUCCCGACAACAACCUUCCAAGAAACGAAAACAACAGGAGGAUGAAGACGAGGAAGACGACGAUGAAGAAGAGGCAAAUCCAUCCUCCAAAAAGAAAGUCUUUUCCGAAGAGAACUUCUUUGAGGACGAUGAUGAACAAGAUGACGACUUUUCCGAAUACACAGAAGAGGAACGACAACGAUUGCAACAACUCUCAGAGGCAGAACGACAACGAUUGGUACAAGUUGAAGAAGAGUCUCGAUUAGAAAUGGAGGAUGACGCAAAGAGACAGGAAAAGCCUACAGUCAUGUCCGAAUAUUUACAAGAUCAUGAAGAACUUCCUGAUACAGAGGAAGGUGAUAUCGGAAUUGCUGGUCUCACAGAAGACUUGACAAAAAUACACGAGCGUAUUCAAGAAAAUCUCUCAGUUUUGGCCAAUUUUAAAGAAUUAAGAGAGGAAGGAUUUUCACGUGAGGAUUAUCUUAAAUUAUUGAAGGCAGAUUUAUCACUUUAUUAUGGAUACAAUCCAGAAUUGAUUGAUGUUUUUGCUUCCAUGUUUUCUUUACCUGAAUUGAUUGAAUUUUUGGAAGCAAACGAAAAACCACGUCCGCUCACAAUCAGAAGCAACAUUUUGAAAACAAGAAGAAGAGAAUUGGCUCAAAAUUUAAUUAAUCGUGGUAUUAAUUUGGAUCCUCUCGAUAAAUGGUCAAAAGCAGGUUUAAAGAUUUAUGACGCCAACGUACCUGUCGGUGCCACUCCUGAAUAUUUAGCUGGUCACUACAUGUUACAGGGAGCCUCUUCAUUCUUACCAGUGAUGGCACUUGCUCCAAAAGAAAAUGAAAAAGUGAUUGAUAUGGCUGCUGCUCCUGGUGGUAAAACUACGUACUUGUCUGCUCUUAUGAAGAAUACUGGAGUGAUUUUUGCAAAUGACGUGAAUGUUGACCGUACUAAGGCUCUCAUUGCUAAUAUUCACAGAAUGGGUGCACGUAAUUGUAUUGUUGCAAAUUAUGAUGGUCGUGACUUGCCUAGUGUGCUGCCUACUAAGGUGGACAGAGUUUUGCUAGAUGCACCAUGUACUGGUUUGGGAGUUAUUUCUCGUGAUCCUUCUAUCAAAUCUCAAAAAGGAAAGAAGGACAUUGAACUUCUCUCCAAGUUGCAACGUGAAUUGAUAUUGGCAGCCAUCGAUUGUGUCGAUGCUGACUCUCCAACAGGUGGUUAUAUUGUCUAUUCUACUUGUAGUGUGAGUGUGGAGGAAAAUGAGGCAGUUGUCAAUUAUGCUCUCAAGAAGAGACAUGUGAAAAUUGUACCAACUGGACUUCAAUUUGGUAACCCAGGUUUCAUCAAAAUUGGAGAGCGUCAUUUUGAUCCAAGUUUGAAGUUAACCAUGCGUUAUUUCCCUCAUGUCCACAAUAUGGAUGGAUUUUAUGUAUGUAAAAUGAAAAAACUCAAGAAUGGUAAAAAACUUUCAGAAGAAGAACAAGAACGCGAAGAAAAAUUAAUUGAAAGAGAGAAGGAAGAAAAAGCCCAAGAAAAACAACGUAGAAUUAAGGAACAACAAGAACGUGAAGAAAAGAACAAGAAAUUAUUGGAGGAGGCUAUCAAGCUUGCAAAUGGCAACGAACAAGCGGGAAUUGAACUUUUCCACAAGAGAAAGGAAGAAUUGGCUCACCGAAAGAAAUUCAAAACAACAAAACGAGCUCAGGACAAAUUUAGACCCAUCCACGAACGAUCGAAAUCCAAGAAUAAGAAACAAAAGGGAGGAGCCGUUGUGAACUAUGUGUAA